AUGCCGCAUCCACGUGCGAAGGACGACGACGUGCUUGAUCAGAUAGAGCAGGCGCGGCUCAUUUCGCAUCACCUGGAUGCGGAUGACGAGGGACGUCCGAUCGAGCAUUCGGAGCCGGGUGUGAGUGUGCCGGUGGCGCCUUCGCCCGCUGCUGCUCCGCGCAUCGAUACGGAUAUUGAUCAUACCGGUCGGCCCGCCUGGCUCAUUCGGCUCGAGCGUUUGCCGACGGCUCAGCGGCGCCUUCUUCAGGUGGCUGGGCUUGUUGUCGUGGCAGUCGUGCUAGCUGCUGUGUUUUCCUUUGCGCUGGGCCCGCCGCCACCGACGGCGCUCCCUGUCAUCCACCCUCAGGCCGUGGGCAAGUCCUUUCCCACCUACAUUGGCUACCCGGGGUCGUACGCGACAGGUGCGCCUGCCUCGCUCGUGGAUGAGUGGAAGCCGGCGCCGUCGCCUACACGCGGCGUCGAUGCGAUCCACACAGCCUUGCCCCACUUUGAUCGGUUCCGACCGUUUGAGCACAUGGGAUCGCUGUCGCCGUACUUUUCGGCGCAGCAUGGCUCGAUCGACAAUGCCAAAUACCAGUCCACGCCUGUUAUGGAGAAUGAGACCUGCCGUCUCUCUCAGGUCCACAUUUUGCAUCGUCACGGCAGUCGGUACCCGACCGGCGGCGCGCCUACCAAGUGGGUCGAGCACUUUUUGCGCUCGAAGCCGCCAGGCACGUUUACGGGGCCUCUGGCUUUCUUGAACGACUACAAGUAUCGAUUGGGCGAGGAGCUCCUGGUCCCGCUCGGUCGUGAGCAGCUGCACAUGUCCGGCACGAAGGCGGCGAUGGACUAUGGCCGCCUGGCCGAGCAAGACUUGGCGCAGGGCAAGCACCUUUUCGUGCGCACAGGCAGUCAACAGCGGAUCGUCGAUAGUGCGCUGGCCUGGGCGACUGGCUUUUGGGGGCAUGCGUGGACGAACAAGACCGACUUUGAGGUGCAGAUCGAGGCACCUGGCUUCAACACGACACUCGCGCCGAACUUUGCGUGCCGCGCGGCGGUCGAAGGAUUCCAAGUACAAAACUUGAUUGACUCGUACCUGGCGAAUGCCACGGCACGUCUGCAGGCCCAUGUGCAUGGCGCACAGCUCACGCCGAAGAUCGUGUAUGGCAUGCAACAGCUCUGUUCGUACGACACCGUGGCGUAUGGACGCAGCGACUUUUGCCCGCUGUUCACCGAAGACGAGUGGCGUGCGUACGAGUAUGUGUGGGAUCAGCGCUUUUACUACGACUAUGGCGCGGGCAAUGCGGUAGGCGCGGCGAUGGGUCUUGGCUGGCUCAACGAGUUUGUGAGUCGCCUGACACGCACGCCGUGGAAUGCUCGGACGCAGACGUCGGAGAAUGCGACAUUCAACGCACAGGCAAGCACGUUUCCUGUGGAUCGCAGCCUCUAUGCCGACUUUACGCACGACUCGGUGCUCACUAGCGUGCUGGCUGCGCUGCGUCUGCGCGACUUGCAAGUGGCGCCGAAGCUCGAGGAUGCGCAUCGCGCCUUCCGUACAUCGCUCCUGGUCCCGUUUGCCGCGCGUAUGGUAUUCGAGGUGUUUGAUUGUGCGCCCGAGUCGUUUGUGCGCAUGAAGCUGAACGAUGCGAUCGUGCCGUUGGGCCAACUGUCCAAGUGCGAGCAGCGCGCUGAUGGCCUCUGUUCGCUCUCCCGCUUUCUGGCCUCCCACGCCGAUCGCAACGAGCUGGGCUGGUGGGAUCGAUGUGCGUAG